AUGUCAAGUAAUAUUGGUUAUUUAUUAAAAAGAUAUGGAAUUAUAUCAUCAUUAAGGAAAAUUAUUUUAUUAAUUGGUGUUUUUAGUAGUAAGUUUUUAUUAAUACCAUUUAUUGAAUGGUUAUUUAAUAAAUUUGGAAAUUAUGGAAAUGGUGGUGGCGGUGAAGGAGGAGGAGAUGAAGAAUCAUCAAAACCAUUUCAAGUUGGAAAUGAUUUUGAAUUAUGUAUUGUAUUAAUAUUAUUUUAUAUAUUUCAUCGUAAUCUUUUUGGAAUACCAUUCACAUUUAAACUAUAUUCAAUUAGAACAUUAUUAUUAUUAAUGGAAUCACAUUAUUUCCUAUUAAGCCAAAUGAGAGCAUUUGAUAGAUUUGGAUUAAAAUGUCAACAUAGUGGUGUUGAUGAUUUAUCACCUCAACAACAUAAAAAGAAUUUAAUUAUGAUUGAAAAGGAAUUAGUAUUAUUGGAAAAAAUGAAAUCAAAAUAUGAUACACCAAAAUCUAAAGAUUAUAUUGGUUAUUUAACAAUUAGAAAUUAUUUAGAAACUUUAAAGAAAUCCUAUUCAUUACAUCUUUAUCCAUCACCCCAGUAUUUCAUUUACCCAAUCGUCUAUCCGGUUAAUCAAUUCAUUGGUUGUCAAAUGGCAUUAAUAGAGACACUAGUUAAACAACAAAUCAAUUGUAAAUCAGAUGCAAUGGAUUUCAUUGAAAGAAUUGAAUAUUCUGAUCAAUUUAUUGAAGGUUUAUUAAGCGAUUUAAAGGUAAGAGAAACUCAAGGUAUCAUACCACCAAAAUGGAUUAUUGAAAUUUCAAUCAAUCAAAUUGAAAAGAAAGUUCUUUGUAAAUAUGAAAAUUCCUCUCAAGAUUAUUUUUUAAAUAAGAAAUUAAAUUCAGAUUUACAAAUUUUAUUAAAUAAUAAAAAAUCCUCAAUUAAAUCUCAAAAUGAUAUUGAUUCAAUAAUUAAUCAAUUGAAUGAAGUUGUUGAUAAAUAUUUAAUACCAUCAUUUGAAAAGCUUAAAGAAUAUUUAACACAAUUGAAACAACAUUCAAAAGAUGGUGAUGGUUUAUGGAGAGCACCAAAUGGUGAUGAACUUUAUGAUUUCCUAUUAAACUAUCAUACUACCACUACAUUGACUGCUAAAGAAAUUCAUGAAAUUGGUUUAAAACAAGUUGAUAAAAUUAAAAAAGAAAUUAUAAAUUUAUUUAAAGAUGACUACCCUUCAAUUAAAACUGAUUUCAGUUCAACAAUUAGAUUAUUAUCAAAGGAGAAACCAUUUCAAUUUAGUCAGGGUGAUAUUGGUAGAAAAGAGAUUAUCGAACAUUAUGAAUCCAUCAUUAAAGAUUGCACAGAAACCAAGUUACCUCAAUACUUCGAGAGAAUCCCAUUGGCGAACUGCUCAGUUGAACGUGUGCCAUUAUUUAAAGAGGCUGAAUCUGCACCUGCCUAUUACACCCCACCACCAAUCGAUAGAUCAAAAGGCGGUAUUUUCAAUGUAAAUCUUAGAAAUACAAAUGCCCACACUAAAGCAAUGUCAAAAGAUCUAUGCUACCACGAAGCCACACCAGGCCACCAUUUCCAAAUGGCGUUAGCUCAAGAAUUUACAAAUAUUGAUGCAUUCCGUCGAGUGAUUGUAUUUAGUUCAUACGCUGAAGGUUGGGCAUUAUAUGCAGAGAAGUUGGCAGAUGAAUUAGGUUGGUAUGAAAAUAGAUUCGAAAGAUUAGGUUAUUUAGUAGCAGAAAUGUGGAGAUCUGCUAGACUAGUAAUCGAUACUGGUAUUCAUUGUUCUCAAUAUAAAUGGUCACGAGAGAAAUCAAUUCAAUAUAUGAAAGAUAAUACCUAUCUUGAAGAAUCUGACAUCACCUCUGAAAUCGAUCGUUAUAUCGUCAUUCCUGGUCAAGCAGUUUCUUAUAAAAUUGGUCAACUCAAAAUUUUAGAACUUAGAGAUUUAGCAAAAUCAAAAUUAGGUGAUAAAUUUCAAUUAAAAAAAUUCCAUUCUGCAAUUUUAAAUAAUGGUUCAUUACCAUUAGAUAUUUUGGAAAUCUCUGUAAAUAAUUGGAUUAAUGAACAAUUAUAA